CCCUUCCUUACUGACCUGCCCCCCUCCCUCCUCACUGACCUGCCCCCCUCCCUCACUGACCCCUCCCUCACUGUCCUGCCCCCCCUCCCUCACUGGUUGACCCCAACAGCCCCUGGCCAGAGGCCAAAGACCACAGAGAGCCAGCCUCAAAUCUACUGCUGGACCAGAUGUUGUGUGGUGUUCCGUUGGUUGAUGAAGGUCCGGCCUCCUCCUCUUCCUCGGUGUGUGCGUUGCCGGGCGACGUGAUGCUGAAGUCAGAUGUGCACUUGUGCGCUGUGUGCCAUGACUACGCCUCCGGCUACCACUACGGAGUCUGGUCCUGCGAGGGCUGCAAGGCCUUCUUCAAGAGGAGCAUCCAGGGUCACACUGACUACGUCUGUCCGGCGACCAACCAGUGCACCAUCGACAAGAGCCGCCGCAAGAGCUGCCAGGCCUGCAGGCUCAGGAGAUGCUACCAAGUGGGCAUGAUGAAGAGUGGCGUGCGGCGGGAGCGUUGUGGUUACCGUGGUGCCCGUCUGAGGUGUCUGCCGCAGGUGUGUGAGACUAGAGGGGGUCAUUCAGCCCGUCGCCUGGAGACCACCUUCCCCCUGCCCACCCUCACACACACACUCACACACACACUCACCCUCACGCCCCAUCAGCUGGUCUCCUGCAUCCUGGAGGCGGAGCCUCCUCAGAUCCACCUAUCAGAGCGUCCACAGACACCGUACACCGAGGCCAGUAUGAUGAUGUCACUCACCACCCUCGCCCACAAGGAGCUGCUGCUCAUGAUCAGCUGGGCCAAGAAGAUCCCAGGCUUUGUGGAGUUGACCCUGUGUGACCAGGUGCGUCUGUUGGAGUGCUGCUGGUUGGAGGUGCUGAUGCUGGGGCUCAUGUGGAGGUCGGUGGAUCAUCCAGGAAAACUCAUCUUCUGUCCUGACCUCCAGCUCAACAGGGAUGAGGGCCACUGUGUGGAGGGCAUGGUGGAGAUCUUUGACAUGCUGCUGGCGGCCACUGCCCGCUUUAGGGAACUCAACCUGCAAAAGGAGGAAUACAUCUGCCUCAAAGCCAUGAUCUUGCUCAACUCCAAUCUCUGUAUGAGUUCUCUGGGGUCAGCAGUGGAGCUGGAGGGCCGAGGGAAGGUGUUGCGGCUGCUGGACUCCGUGACAGACGCACUGGUCUGGGCUAUCAGCAGGACUGGCCUCUCCUUCAGACAACAGUCGGGGCGCCUCGCACAGCUACUCAUGCUGCUGUCACACAUACGCCACCUCAGCAACAAGGGUAUGGACCACCUCUGGAGCAUGAAGAAGAAGAACGUGGUGCUGCUGUACGACCUGCUGCUGGAGAUGCUGGACGCCAACACACACACACACACACACGCACACACACACACCACACACGCACCACACACCUCCCGCCCACGAACUCCCCAGCCCUCACAGUGGCCACAGCAGGAGGACAGGAACCCAAGGACUGAUGAAGUGGGCGGGGUCGCCUAGAUCGCGGCCUACUUCUAGUUCUCGGUCCUGCUGUUCUGUCGCUUUGCGCCUUGCUGCUUGCUGUGCCGGCUACCGCUGCUUUAUUUACUUUAUAUUUCCUUUGAUGCAACACGCAACAUGCAUACGCUACAUUUCCUACACCCAACACACGCCCGCACCUCACUACUGAGAACUGACUACUACCUGCUUAUACAUUAGUCUAGUGUUGUUAUCGUUCAUUUUCGUUGUGGUUUAUAAAAUAAACCCUCGUUAUUGUUAAAACA